AUGCAUGUCGGAGUGGAUUGGGAGGUCGUACAAGUCGUGAAGAGGGAGAGAGGAGGGGACGAUGCAGGGCGGAGAACCUGCAGAGCAUCAGAGCAUGACGUCUUGGAAAGAAAAACUUCGGCUGCCAUCAAAACCAAAAGUGAAGUUAUCUUUCCUUUCGCCUUCAUGGCGAGCAUGGGUCCUUCCACUGGACCCUUUGCGUUUGUAACCCUCUUGACCUCCGAAGCCUACCUUCCUGGCGCUUUAACACUCGCUGGCGCCCUUAGAGACCUCCAUCCUUCACCCGCUGUUUCCCCCGAAGUCGAUUUCCAAACAGUCUGCCUCGUAACGCCCGAGUCUGUCGACGUGUCAGCAAUCAAACUGCUCCGUAGGGCAUUCGACGUAGUCGUCGGCGUGGAAAUAAUUGGCCAAGAGGACGAGAAGGGCUUGAAAUUACUCGGUCGUCUCGAUUUGAACACUGUCCUUACAAAGCUACAUGUCUUCCGGCUCACUCAGUACUCCAAAAUCAUCUUCCUCGAUGCAGAUGUCCUUCCCGUUCGGCCGCUCUCCCACCUCUUCACGCUUCCCUACGAAUUUUCCGCGGUUCCAGACGUUGGCUGGCCCGAUAUCUUCAAUUCUGGUGUGCUCGUUCUUUCCCCUGGCGAGGAAAAGUUCAACGACCUGAACGAUUUGCUCAAAAGCAAGGGAACAUGGGACGGCGGCGACCAGGGCAUACUAAACGAAUGGCGUGGCGGCGAUUGGCAUAGACUCAGCUUCACCUACAACACAACACCGACCGCCGCUUACACUUACGCACCGGCAUAUGAACGAUUUGGUUCUCAGAUAUCUGCCAUUCAUUUUAUCGGGCCCAACAAGCCAUGGAAAUCCUUACCUUUCCGCCAACCCUUCCAGAAUACGACAAGCCAGAGCGACUCUGGUCCGCUCCAAGCUUAUGACUACACCACACUCGUUGACCGAUGGUUUGCCGUCUACGAUAAACACUGCCGCACGGGUUCUGCCAGCUCCCAGGCUGACUUCGAGGUCAAGCGUUACGUCUCGGCAUGGGACGAGCAGAUUGGCACCGGCUCUGAGCUGAUUUCUGGAAGUAUUGCGAGCGGGACGGCCCUGGGAUUGGAAGACCUCAAAAAGAUGGCGAUACAUGGCAUAUCAGCAACUCCGCCGACACGUCCACAGUCUUCUGUGGACGGCGAUUACAUCGCAUUACCUUUAGAGGGCCGAAUUGACUUGAUGCGGCCGCAAAAGCAGCGACCACCCCAAAGUCCUGACUCGGUUGAGUCAAACGAUACGCCAACCCCCCGUGCGAGAUCCCCUCCACGCUUCGAAACCUUGCCUACACCAGGACCAGACGAAAUACCACCGAGUCCACGAAUACCCACCAUCUCUUUACCGCCUACUCCAUCUCCAUCAUUUUUUGUGCCCAGACAAGACGAUCCGAGUCAACCCACAUUCGUUCAACAUCAGCCAUCUUCGCCUGCUCAGGCACUGCAGCAGCAGCUCCAAAACAAUUUACAGGGACAACCACAACAUUCGCAGGAGCAACCGCGUCCCCAGACAGACCAGCACCUACAACACAAUGGCCAGCAACAGCAACAGCAACAACAACAAUACCAAGAAGCACAUCACCACCAAGAACACCAACAGCAACGUAGACAGGAACCUCCGAGACCACCAUCACCGCCAAUGAUGUUAUGGAAUCCUGCAAGUGAGCCACCGCCAACAACGCAACCACCUUCAUCCGCAUUCCCAACUGACACGUAUUUUCCAAACGUUUGGGACCAGCCGAGUCAUCAAGGCUACAAACAAGGACCCCGACCCGCCUCGCCUCCGCCACCUUCAAAUAUAUUCUUCCAAGCACCUCCGCCAAGCGAGAUCCCAGAAUCUCUGUUGCGCCAAGGCCACUACGAGCAAGUUAUCGGACACGCUAGUCCAUCGAGCGAGGGCCACAAGCUGAGCAAUACGGGCCCAGAUAGAAGCAAGGUCAAAAGUAUCUUUCCUUGGGAAGAGAAGCCACGGCAGAUGCCUGGACGAGUAUUCCCAGUGGAGGACGCACCGUCUCCAUCUGAGUUUAUUCAGGCCAAUCCUAGCACGCCAGAGCCGGUGGUGACACCGCGCCAACAGCUGCUGUCGCCGUUGGGGGGAUUACCUGUAACGCUGGCGUAUGCUAACGCAUGGGAUACAGUGCCGAGCAUCCAAAGAUAUGCUUCACGAUUAGUCAGGCCGCACGCAUCACCCGUGGCGCUGAUGCCAUCAUUUGACGACGAGCGAUAUCGACGGGGCCGUCGGAGCCGAGACGAGCGGACUGAGGAGAGCAGCAUGGAUGGAGACGAUGAAGACGACGGCGACGAUGAGUCUCACAGUGGCGUGAGUGAAAGCGACCGCGAAACGACCGCGACAUCAGCGACAGGCGGGUCGUCGAUAUCAGGGACGUAUAGUUAUAAGAGGAAGAAAAAGGAGUAUACCGUACGUGGAGUUCAAACUGUCUCUCCGGAGUAUCGGAGCCAGGGAACUCAAGUGACCUCUCAACCUCCCAAGGUUCCGAGCACAACAAUUCCGACGUCACGUGAGCGCCGAUUGUCGCGUCUGAGCCAGGACGGAAGGCGGGCUGGGACCUCUUCGCCGGUCGCUGUGCGCUCUUCCGGUCUGGACUUGUCGCCAAUGACCGCGUCUCCAACGUCGAUGGUGCCACCACCGUUAACCUCGCCGCGCGAAUUCGCAUCGAUAACACCGCCCACGUUUAUACGACCGAGCGCAUCACCGAUUCAAAACCAGAGUGUUAGCUCCAACUCGACGCAAGACUCGUCGCUUGCCUCCCCGCCGUCGUCUACCGGGCCGGUGUCACCGCCAGACGGGGUGGGUGCGGGGCUGCCGGCCCGGAAGGGAAGCCGGGUGUGGGAUCCAGCGCGGGGGGUGGAAUUGUUCAAGCGCGGGUCGGAGGAGGUGCUGGCACGCUUCUUGAAGAUGGGGUCAUGGGAGGAGGGGCAGCAACAAUAG